UGCUGUCUCCACCUUCGCCCUCGGAAACCUCCCCUUGGCUUUUCUUUUCCUCUUUCCUUCUCUCUGUCUUUAUAAAUCUACAUUUUAAGAUUAUAGAGAGAGAAAUUUUGCCGUAUCCAUCUCGGCUCGGUGUGCCCAAGUCAAUGGCGCCGAGCGGGAGGCACCUGCAGCUGACAGCGGUCGCCGGUGGUAGAGUACCGCCGGCGACCAUCGAAGAUUCCGGUGACAUGGAGGAGGUGCGGCUUUUGGACUCAUAUGAAGACGGAAACAGCGAUAAUUUUGUAAAAGUCGAAGAGGGUAUGAGGAGAAUUCAAUUGACUGUGACGGGAAUGACAUGUGCUGCUUGUUCGAAUUCUGUUGAAGCUGCUUUGAAGAGCGUUAAUGGGAUCUUGGCAGCAAGUGUGGCCUUGUUGCAAAACAAGGCUGAUGUCGUUUUAGAUCCCUCUUUGGUCAAGGGAGAGGACAUAAAAAAUGCCAUCGAAGAUGCAGGGUUUGAGGCAGAGAUUCUACCAGAACCCUCUACAACUGGGAGAAAAUCUAAUGCAACCCUUUUGGGGCAGUUUACAAUAGGGGGUAUGACAUGUGCAGCUUGUGUCAACUCUGUUGAAGGUAUUUUAAGAGCCCUUCCUGGUGUCAAAAAGGCUGUGGUUGCGUUGGCUACUUCAUUAGGAGAAGUUGAAUAUGAUCCCACUGUGGUCAGUAAGGAUGAUAUAAUAAAUGCUAUUGAAGAUGCUGGCUUUGAAGCUUCAUUUGUUCAAAGCAGUGAGCAGGAUAAGAUCAUCCUUGGAGUUACUGGGGUAUUCAACGAGGUGGAUGUACAGCUCCUGGAAGGCAUACUUAGCCGGUUAAAAGGGGUGAGGCAGUUUCGUUUUGACUGGGCAUCAGGGGUACUACAAAUAGUUUUUGAUCCUGAAGUUGUCAGUCCUAGAUCCUUGGUUGAUGGGAUUGAGGGAGGAGGCAACGGAAAGUUUAAAUUACAUGUUAUGAAUCCUUAUGCAAGGAUGACUUCUAAAGACUUCGAAGAAACCUCAAACAUGUUCCGUCUUUUUAUCUCCAGUCUUUUUCUCAGUAUUCCUGUUUUUCUCAUACGAGUAGUUUGUCCUCACAUUCCACUUCUGGAUUCCUUACUGCUUUGGAGAUGUGGACCCUUCUUGAUGGGUGAUUGGUUGAAAUGGGCAUUGGUAAGUGUUGUUCAGUUUGUUGUUGGAAAGCGCUUCUACAUUGCAGCAGGGAGAGCUCUUCGAAAUGGUUCGACUAACAUGGAUGUUUUGGUUGCACUUGGGACUUCGGCGGCUUAUUUUUACUCUGUUGGUGCACUUCUAUAUGGUGCAGUAACUGGUUUUUGGUCUCCAACAUACUUUGAAACAAGUUCCAUGCUGAUAACAUUUGUGUUGUUGGGGAAAUAUCUGGAAUGCCUUGCAAAGGGAAAAACAUCUGAUGCUAUUAAGAAGCUAGUAGAACUUGCACCAGCAACUGCAAUUUUAAUAAUCAAAGACAAAGGUGGAAAGUGUAUUGGGGAGAGGGAAAUUGAUGCUUUGCUAAUUCAGCCUGGUGACACAUUAAAGGUUCUUCCCGGUACAAAGCUUCCGGCGGAUGGUGUGGUUGUGUGGGGUUCAAGCUAUGUCAAUGAAAGUAUGGUAACUGGUGAAUCUGUGCCUGUCGUGAAAGAGGUAAAUUCACCUGUUAUUGGAGGCACAAUAAACUUACAUGGCGCCCUUCAUGUACAAGCUACCAAAGUAGGAUCUGAUGCAGUUCUGAGUCAGAUAAUUAGCUUGGUUGAGACAGCCCAGAUGUCCAAGGCUCCUAUUCAAAAGUUUGCUGACUUUGUUGCAAGCAUUUUUGUUCCUGUGGUUGUUGCGAUGUCAUUGAUAACAUUAUUGGGUUGGCUUAUUGGUGGAAUUGUUGGAGCUUACCCAGAACAGUGGCUACCGGAAAAUGGAAACCACUUUGUUUUUGCUCUCAUGUUUGCAAUAUCAGUUGUGGUGAUUGCAUGUCCCUGUGCUCUUGGCUUGGCAACUCCAACUGCUGUCAUGGUUGCAACAGGGGUUGGGGCAAAUAAUGGUGUGCUGAUAAAAGGAGGGGAUGCAUUGGAAAGGGCACAGAAGGUUAAGUAUGUAGUGUUUGAUAAAACAGGAACCCUAACCCAGGGGAAAGCUGCAGUUACAACUGCAAAAGUUUUCUCAGGGAUGGAUCGAGGCCAAUUUCUUACAUUGGUGGCUUCUGCAGAGGCUAGCAGUGAACACCCAUUAGCAAAAGCAAUUGUGGAAUAUGUUCGUCACUUUCAUUUCUUUGAUGAGCCUUCUUCAAUCAAGGACAAGAGCGACAACAAAAUAUCCACUGUAUCUGGAUGGCUUCUUGAUGUCUCAGAUUUCUCUGCUCUGCCAGGAAGAGGAAUCCGGUGCUUUAUUGAUGGAAAGCGGGUUUUGGUUGGCAAUCGGAAGCUGAUGGCAGAAAGUGGAAUCAGCAUUCCAACCAAUGUUGAAAGUUUUAUGGUAGAACUGGAAGAAAGUGCCAAGACAGGCAUACUUGUUGCUCAGGAUAAUAACUUGAUUGGUGUUUUGGGUGUUGCAGACCCAUUAAAAAGAGAGGCUGCUGUAGUUGUGGAGGGUCUUCUUAAGAUGGGUGUCAUACCUGUCAUGGUUACAGGGGAUAAUUGGAGAACUGCGAGGGCUGUUGCCAGGGAGGUAUGUAUAUUUGAUCUAUUUAUGCAAUGA